AUGGCCACGACCGCCGCCGCUCAGGGCGCGAAUGGCGCCGAGAAGCCCGCCUCUUCUGUAGAUGGCAAGAGCAUCAAUGGCGGGUUCAUACCGCUUGUCUGCGUCGUCGACUUCCACCAUGCGCGCGGCCCCGAGGUCGAGAGGUGGUUCGGGGCUCCGGAAGGGACCGAUCCCGCCGUCGACAACGACUGGUCAUUGCUGCCCUUCAUGGCGCUCAGCGAUGGUGCCCACGCGUCUACCGAGGACUUCUCCUACUUCACCCUCCUCAAGCCCUACUCCGAGUCGGCCCCCGCGACCUCCCUCUUUGGCAUAUCGUGCACGAGGCAGAUGGACGCCUCGCAGCUGCUCAACCGGCCGCCCGAGGUGACGCGCUCGACGGUGCAAAAGGCCGUCGUCGUCAUCGCCGACACGCCCCAGUUCUUCGGCAUGCUGCGGGAGCGGCUGAGCGUCGUGACGAGCGCCUGGUUCGCCCAGCGCGAGUUCGCCGACGUCGAGAUCCUGCGGCGCUUCCAGGAGAGCCUGGCCGACGAGAAGGAGCGGGGCGUGCUCAGCGAGGACGACGACCGGGACCAGUACCUGGGCAUGAGCCUGCGCGAGCUGGUCCGCGAGUUCAAGUGGCAGACCCUCGUGCUGCUCAAGUGCUGCCUCUUGCAGCCCAAGUUUUCCUUGAUAUCUUUGAUACCCGGCCUGUUGCGCAACCUGCAAGACUGCGCCGGCCCCGAGCUCAACGAGUACGCAAAGAGGUUGACCAGACCGACGAGCCUGCGGACUAGUGACCGGAACUCCUUGCUCUCGUACAUGGGCCUUCCUCUGCAGAUUUUCGCCCAAGGAAGCUUGUUUGGGCCGUAUACCCCUCUGCAGCAAUUGGAUAUCCUAGCAGACUUCGGCACCAAGUCUUACAUAGUGGGCAGCACCAACUCGCUGCUACUGCAGCAGCGGGAUCGAUAUAGUGAUAUCCUCAUCAAUCUAGACGACAACACCGUCAACAUCUCCUCGCCCUCUCUGAAAGCUGCUCUGCAGCUGUCUGUUCCCGAUAGGCGCUGGAUCGACUUCAUCGCCCAAGAAGUUAAUGACACUUGGGAUGACGCCAAUCCCGGCCGGCCCAAGACCAUGGGCUACCGGGGCAGCGAGGAGUUCAUCCGCCUGCAGUUCGAAGAGUAUCUGCUGUCUCUGAUAUCCUCCGUCAAAUACCACACUUACCUCCUGGCGCACGCCGGCAACCCGAAGAUGGCCCUGCCGCACAUCGAGGGCGACCCGUCGGCGGACUUUGGGCACGAGUUCGUCGACUACUGGAUGCGCACCGAGAACUACCGCCUGUGGUCGGCCAACACGGACUCGCACCUGUUCGACAUCGUCGAGCCGAAGCACCCCUGCGCCGGAGGGCUCACCAUCGACGACGUCCAGCGCCGGAUCAGCCAGCAGGUCCAGGACCUGCACCUCGACGAGCGCUUCGCCGUCGGCCGGGAGGCGCUGGGCCGCAACAUCGCCGCGGGCCGCGAGAAGGCGUCGACCAUGUUCAACAAGCUGUACGCCGACAUGGAGGCCCUGCGCGAGUCGCAGCGGAGAAAGGCGGAAGAGCACCAGAUGGAGAAGGAGAAACAAGCGGCGGCGGCGGCGGCGGCUGGAGGAGGAGGAACGGGGAUGCAGCACAACAACGGCAACCACCACGAGCGCAACGGCUCGGCCUUUGCGGCCGUCGACAUCGGCAAGGCGCAGCAGACGGUGCAGUCGGUCGGGUCCCGGGCCGGCGCGUACCUCGGGAGCUGGGCCAGCUGGGCCGGCGAGAAGCGCAAGGCCGCCGGCUGGGGCCGUCCGGCCUCGGGCGCCUCCACCCCGACGACGGCGACGUCGGCGUCCGGAGGUGGCGGGUGGGGGUUCGGCGUCGUCGGCGGCGGCGGCGGCAGGAACAAGAGGUCCACGAUGAGCAGCACGACCACCACCGAGACGGCCUCGGACCGGGACUUUAUGCUGGCGAGCCCGCGCAUGUCCAUCUCGAGCGGCGUGAGCGAGGCCGGCGGCGACCGCGCGUCCCGCUCGCCGAUGAUGAUGCGCGAGUCGUUUGGCGGCGGCACGGCGGGAGGAGGAGGAGUCGACACGGCGGCCACGACGCCCCAGACGGCGAGGCCCCUGUCUGGCGGCGAGGGCGGCCCGGCCUCCUCUCCUGCGGGCACGGCGACGAACAGCAUCGACGCCGCCCUGCUGGCCGAGAGGAACAAGAACAAGCCGCUGCCUGCGGCGGUCGAGAAGCCCCUCCCCCCCGUCGUCGAGAAGGAGUUGCCCCUGCCCGUCCCCGCGGAUGACGACGAUCAAGGCAAGAAGGCGAAAGAGGUGGUGGAGGACGACAAGAGCCAUGUGCCUGAGAAGCUUCCCGAGGAGAAGGCCGCCGUCGAGCAGACUACUACUACUACCGCCGUCGACGUGGGAUCCAAGGAGAACAACAACAACCCUCCUCCUGUCGAGGAGCACGAGCAGCAGCAGGGAGCGGGCACGAAGGAGGAGGAGGAGGUCAAUGAGCGCGAGGAGGAAGAGGAACACGAUGACGAGCUCAGGAAGGAGAAGAAGACAGGGGAGGGAGGAGGAGAAGAUGCGCCCAAGCCGGCCGGUUCCAAAGUAAUUCUUAGACCCUGA